AUGUCGGUUUGGUACCAGGCGAGGGCCGUGGAGGACGCCCGAUGGCAUUUGUGCGCAGCAGAUGGCGCCAAGAUCCUCCUGGCAGACAAGGACUGGCGAAGCAGAUUCCAUGCAGCUGAGCACCCGCUGUCCCAUGCGUCCUUCCCGGGCAGCACCACAGUGAUCUGCCAGUGCCCGGGUAGUCACAGCAAGAUUGAUGCCAACUGUAUCGGUCAGGUGGAGGAUUUCGUGCAGCAGAACCGCGUGAUGCGGCCGCGCGAUUCUGGCUCCGUGAUCGCGGCCUUGGCGGCGGGAAACGGCCAGGUCUUUCUUUGUAAAGGCCACGGCUUGAUGGUGGCCGGCGACAGCGGGUAUGUAUUGCUACAGGCUUACAAGAUCUUGGAGGCAGAAGUCCGGGAGAAAGACAAAUUGAAGGAGUUCUUGAGCGUCCUAAGGAAGCCAACUGGACCCUGCCCGGAGCAUUUUCUCGAUCACAUGCUCAGAGGCGCAAAGGGUGCGAAGCACUUUCCAGAUGUGGACCUUGAUGAUCCCCGACAGCUUGCCGACAUCUUCCACAGCUUCUUCCGACGUUUCCUGGACAAUAUCCCUCCCAUUGAGAAAGGUCGCAGCUGGCAUUACCUGGGCAAGUUCUCCAAGGGGCCAAUGAAAGGCAAAGUGUUUUCUUUCAGGACAGACAAAGGUAAGGGUGUAUUGAUAAACGGGUUUGAACUGGUGGAUAAAGACCACUGGGCGUAUACUCAUUUGGACGUGGACAUCAAUAACCUGAAGCGUUACUGUCACAGAGCUUCUGAUGCCCUGCUGCCUGGUCGAAUCGGUGGAGGGUUUGGUGCUGGAUUAGGCGGCUAUUGUGCUGAGCAAUUGUACCACAGGAUCUGUGCUGACUUUGAUCAUCAGAUCAGCCAAAUUGAAGCGGUUUCCAUGCAGAUCGGGAGAGCUGCAUCAAUUCCAGUUGGCAUCACGGUGGGCGGAAAUGUGGCAACAUACUUUGCAGGCUUGCAGAGUGUCUCCAUGCUUGGCCCAGUGAAGUUUCAAAUGUGUGCUUUGCUUGCGGGUAGCGGAGCUGGAUUUUUGGUCGGUGCUGCCAUCACCGGUGGAUCAGCUGUGGUUGGUUUAACUGUGGACACAAUGUGGCGAGAGACUGCAGAAUGCUUAAAGUUGGCACAGGCGGCAAAGGAACGCUGUGUGCAACUCCAAGGGCAUGUUCAGACAAUCCAGCAAGACAUGACGUUGAGGUUGAACGCCAUCGCUUCUGACAUUGAUUCAGUGGAGCGCAUGGUUUGCAAUGCGCAGCAAACCCUCAAAGCUGGCAUGAAAUCUGAAGAGGAGAUUCUGCAGUGGAUCGGUGUUGGUCAGGCAGGAAAACUUGUACUGCAGCACAUUCUUUUGGCCAUAGAAAAACUUGAGGAGGACAUCUACAAGCACCUUCAGUGCCUGAGGGAUGAGCAUGCUAAAACUGAGCAAGACUUGAGAGCAGCAGUGAGACGUCAGGAAAAUGAUGACAACCCGCCAACACUUGUUGCUUUCCUGUGGUCAGCUCCCCUUUGCCUCUUCGGGCCCGUGGGGAUGUGUGCUACGGCAUUGUUCACUGGCCUUUCCGCCGCACGAAAAUAUAGCCUUCAGAACGCAAUUGAUUACCACGUGCGCACCUGUGCCUUGUUGCAAGAGGCUAUGAAGCAGCUCAAAAGCGCCACCGGCACAUGUGCCAAGAAUCGCAGGACAUGUUGCGAUUUGAUUGAGAAGAUUGAGUAUGCCCUCGACCGUUGGUAUGCCAGGCUCCACCGGGCCGACGGUCUCCGAACGGUGGAGCCUGCUGUUGGUGGAGCGGUCGCGCUGGCGCUGACGGCUGGAGAGAUGGUGUUGGAGGGCGAUCCUGGCUCUCCGGAGCCGAAUCCCAAGGAUUUCAUUGGUGUGGAUGCAUCCUUUUGCUAUUUCCUCGUGGAGCGCGACUUCCACACCGGCCAAGCACUCCGCCGCUGGCGCCACGGCGGCCGUUCGAGAAAGGUGGGUGCAGAAAGCCCGGCACUGGCGGACGGGGCCGAAGAAAUGAAGGUCACCGCCCACAAAGGCACACGGUUCUACCUCCGGGCGGCAGAGAACAUGCUCAAAGGCGCCCGGUGA